CAGUGGUGACACAGGUGUGCUAAUAAGUAGUAUAGCACUGUUUAAAUUCCCCUAGGAAGAUAGACUUCUCGAAUUUCAAUCUGUCGCUUUGAAAUCAGCUUCAAUUCACGGCCCCAUAAUUUUCAAAAUGUCUGGUACACUUAGAAAUUUUUGUUCCAUGAGGUGUAACCAGUACUUGAUUUUUGUCACAAGUCUAUUUUUCUUCUGGUUUUUCACCUUCGCAGCAAAUCCCAUCAACUGGGACGGCAAUAUUGUUACUACUCCGCCGGCAAAACCUAAAUUAAAUUCCGUUACGGACAAAUCGUACUACGUAACGUCAUCUGUGUCUGGGAACGCCUUGACACCUUUAAUAAAACCGCACGGUGUCCUACUCGAAGUUAAGGGUACCAUUGGUGACCAACUUUUUGAAUAUGCUUGUCACUACGGCCUCGCUCGGAAACAUAACGUCCCGCUCUACAUCAGAGGACCGAUUAGCUCUUUUUUACCCGGCAAUACGACAGGUCACCUUGCCCCAUCCCUUGGCGCGUUUAAAGUUCCGAUCCAUUCGUGGAACACGAUCAACGAAUCGAAUCCCUUAGCAGACUUAAAACUCGUUCACAUUUCCAGCUCGAACCUCCUUUCGCAAACUUAUUCCACUAUUUGGCUCAAAGAUUCUUUCCUGAGUUUAUCUCAGGGGGAAAAUUGUCGCUCGGAAAUUUAUUUUGCCCCGUAUAAGAAUGAAGUCAAAUCUCUGUUUGCCCCGAAGACAAACUCAACGGGGGCGGCGCUUUGGUGGGGACAAUUUAUCGAAAUGGAAGGUCAAAUCGGGGAAACUGUAGCAGUUUUUCUUGACCCGGGCGACUUUCAUCAAGAAAACGACCCACUCUACUAUGCUUCCGGAAUUUCUGAAAUUUUGAGGACAUUAAGAGACCGGAACAAUGAUAAAAUUGGUCCAAUUUCAGUUUACGUUUUUGGGGACGAUUUAAAUUUCCUACGACAUAAAUUGCUACGUAAACUGAAUCAUUCCCGGGACGAUUAUAGUUUCCACGUUGUAUCAAAUUUGACGAAAUUACAAGAAUUUCAAGUGGCCACGAAAUGUAAGCAUUUUAUCAUUUCGACGCGCACUUUCUCCUGGUGGGUGGCUUAUCUCGCAAAAUGGGAAGACAAAAUUGUGAUAGCGCCCCACUGGAGUAUGACUGCGGCAAAAGUGUCUCACUUUUCGGAUGAUUUGGAGUCCGAGUUGUUUUAUCAAAUGCAAUAUCGAUACUUGUACUAUCCUUUGGAGUGGAGGACUAUUCAGUAACUGUAAAUAUUAGUGUCAAUAUUUGUUCUAAGGGGGCGAUCUUAAAUUAUAUGUAGCGCAAAACUGCUGUUGAACUAGAUUUAAUACAUUUCAUUAAACUAAAGAAAUCUGUCAGAAAUUAAUUUAAUUUUUUUAAUGGUAGCAUUAUUUAUGGAAUUCUUUUAGUAAGAAGUACUGAUCAAAUCUAUCUUUUAUCAAUAAUUUUUAAAAUGCUUCUAAAAUGUUACCAUUAAGGAAUUUUGUCGUAUGCAUAUUGUUCUUACCGUUAUUAAAUUAGCUGCGCGGAAAAACUAAGAAACACCAACUUUUCUCGUAAUUUACGAGUCGUAAAUAAAUUUCGGUCUGCAUUAAUCAACCUGUACCUAAGAUUGCAAAGUAAAGGAAAUAUUAAUCAA